UUAAUCAGGAAUGCAAUCCAAGACUUUCUACUUUUGGCUUGAUGAAGAAUAGUCGGGACGGAAAAAGUUACAGCACUAAUCUUGCUUUCACCCCUCCUGAGUAUCUACGAACUGGGAGAAUUACUCCAGAGAGUGUGAUAUACAGCUUUGGUACUCUUCUGCUUGAUCUCCUCAGCGGAAAACAUAUACCUCCUAGCCAUGCCCUUGAUCUGAUUAGAGACAGGAAUCUUCAGACACUAACAGAUUCUUGCCUAGAUGGGCAAUUCUCUGACAGCGAUGGCACAGAGCUAGUACGCCUGGCGUCUCGUUGUCUUCAAUACGAAGCUCGUGAGCGGCCAAACACGAAAUCAUUGGUGACUGCCUUGACGCCUCUUCAGAAGGAAACAGAGGUCCCGUCUCAUGUUCUAAUGGGUCUACCGCACAGUGGUUCAGUCUCUCCUCUGUCCCCUCUUGGUGAGGCUUGUUCAAGAAGGGACCUGACUGCUAUGCUUGAGAUCUUGGAUAAACUUGGAUACAAAGACGACGAGGGUGUCACCAAUGAGCUCUCGUUUCAAAUGUGGACAGACCAGAUGCAAGAGUCUUUGAACUCGAAGAAGAAGGGUGAUAUGGCUUUCAGGCAAAAAGACUUUAGAGAGGCUAUUGAGUGUUACACGCAGUUUAUUGAUGGCGGAAUGAUCUCUCCAACAGUGUGUGCUCGCCGUAGUCUGUGUUACCUGAUGAGUGACAUGCCGAAAGAAGCUUUAGAUGAUGCAACUCAGGCUCAAGUGAUCUCUCCCGUGUGGCACAUCGCGUCAUAUCUGCAGUCUGCUUCCCUUGCUUUCCUAGGGAUGGAGAAGGAGUCUCAAAUCGCACUCAAAGAGGGAUCGAACCUUGAAGCAAAGAGGAAUUCAGGUUCUCGAGUGAAGUAACAUAUAUAGUGUGUGUUUAAAGAAGAAUCAUCUUUUGGGAAAGAUGAAAGAACAUCUUACCAAGUAAAAAAGGGGUUUGAAUCUUUUGAGCACAAAUGAUGGGGAAAACACGCAAGAGGGAUGCCAAAUGAGACCCUCUUCUUCUGAAGAGAUGAUUGGGGUUGUUUGAGGUUGUUUUGCUCUUCUUGUGCUUCUUUUUACGGGCAUUGAAUUGAAGGAGUCACUUCCUUUAUUGGCUUUGAAAUCCAUUUUUCUGAAGAAACUUUAUGUACUAGAUAAAACCUUUAUUGGAGAAACCAUAAAGAGAUUUUAUGUCUUUUGAAUC